AUGUUUGGACAGCUCUGUUCGAAUGAUAGUAAAAAUGGGGUGAGUGUCACAACAGAAGAGGACAAUACAUCAUCCGCCAUUCUUGACUAUUAUGCAGCUUCUGAAAAUAUUUUACAUACAGCAGCUGUCUCCAUCUCAUCCACCUAUAAUCCAAGUCAUGACACUUUAGACCGUGACGACGGUGAAAGAGACCUGUUACUAGGCAUUGCAUCCUAUGAAAAGGGUGAACUCGAACAAGCGUCUUACCAUUGGAAAGUCGCCGCCGAGAGUGAAUCUCCGCUGGGCAUUUUCUUUUAUGGCUUGACCCUGAGACAUGGCUGGGGCUGUCGAAAGAGUCCUGCACUAGCAGUAAGAUUUCUUCAAAAAGCAGCUGAAUAUCCUGUAUUUGAUUUACAAUCUGGUAUCAACCGAUUUAUAUCUGCAGUUAAAAUAGAAUCGUUAGUUUUAUCUAUUUAUGAAUUGGGAGAGUUCUUUUGGCAUGGCUGGGAGGUACCCAAGAGUGUAGCAAUAGCCACAUAUUACUUUCAGGUGGCUUCCACUAUGGGCAACACAGAUGCCAUGAACGAUUUGGCCUUUUGCUAUAAACAUGGUCAUGGCGUCGAAAAAGAUGAUGUCAAAGCUGCACAGCUUUACAGACUAGCAGAAGAACAAGGAAACGGUCUAAAAGAUAAUUCAUGGAUCUGGCACGAACAAUACAAUGAUGAUAUCGAACCCAACUAA